GGUUCCCACCCAGUAGUUCUAGUUCAGGCCUAGGAACUCGCCAGGCAAGUUUCCAAGUUUGUCAUACAGAUCCAUCACCAGAAAUGGUAACGAAAAUUCAGUGCUUCUCAAAGUAACAAUACUUUACACGUGAUUUCUUUGUAAAUAUUUAACGACUUUAGUCAACUGUCAACAGGUCGCACUGCAGCAGCUUGUAAGUUCUUCAGAAACAAGAGUCAACUGCAUUACAGCUAGUCAAAAAUACACCGAAAAAAUAGAGGAAGAACAAUUUUCUGCUAAUCAAAGUCUGCUCUUGAAGCACUUCAAAACCCAACAUGCAAAAUAAAUGCUAGAAAUGUUAUAAUAUUAACUUAAAAUAAUAUAAAUAAUGCGCAGAGUCAGAGCAUCAGAAUCUCCUUUUGCAUGAGUACCAUCUCACAUUGGUAUUAUGGAACAUGAUACAAACAAGGCUACUAAAAUUAAGCUGUAUGUGACACACCUGAAACUGAACUAGUACUAGAUAUUCUAAUCUCUAUUGUCAAAACCACACUACUUCAAAAACCAAGGGCAGAAACAAGAGCAAUCAUUAUCGAUAUUUAAAGGACAAAAAGAACUACUAUAGAGAAAUAUAUUGAGAUCUGAAAACUGCAUGUUCAAUCACAAAAACAUCGAUCAAGUAGAAUGACAUGAACAAAUCAACAAGGGCCUUGAUGAGGGUUCGAACCUAUGCGCCGAGUGUGAAGGAGUGUCAUGUUACCCCAUUCUGGUAACUGUAAUUACCAGAAUGGGGUAAUUCUGGUAAUUGUAAUUACCAGAAUUAGGCUGGGUUGUCGUUACUUAUGGAAGGUUAUAGAGCUGCAGGUAAUGAAUAUCCGAACAGUGAGCAUUCCAACUGUCAACUCUGUGAAAAAGAGCUGGGACACACCCCCUUCGACACUAUUGGAGAAUUCCUUGUUGUCAAUUACUUUAAACCAAAUAACACGAGACACGUGGACCUUUGUAACUAUUUCAUUAAUUCACGAAUAUUAAAAUUAAUUCUCAUACUCUACCUAAAGUUUGCUAAUAUAUGAUAUAAUAGAUUAAACUCUUAACCCAUGUAUGAACAAUGAUACUGUGAGAGAGGGAUAUUAAAUGAACUUAUUGCUAACUUUUUCCCUAUACUCUGCAAUCUCUCGUGUAGAAUAGUUUAACAGCACACCGCUGUGUACAUAUAAGCUUCUGAAUAAUAUUAAUAAUGAUAAUAGAAAACUAUAAUGGCCGUUGUUAGUUCAGAAGCACAAUUCAUGAAACUGUCCCAUUUAAAAUAUAUCUAUAUUUUAAAACUAUUAAGUGGGAGCCAGGAGCACGUUGGAGACUAUAAACGAGAAUACUUGUUACCAAGAUGGGUUUAUGUAGUGCGCGCUAUUUCUGCGCUUGAUGGUUAUAAUCGGCCCGCUAUUUAUCUGGCACGUCCUAGAAUUCAGGUUUAAAUCCCUUUCUUCUAAAUAACACGAUAAAAACUCUCUGAAUGAAUGGAAAAUGAAUAUGCCAGGUACAUUUGAAAGCCUGUUCAUCAAUAUUCCACACCACCAAUCCUUAAAAUACAUUACGACAUCUGCAAGGAAUCCAUUUUGCCUUACCUCCGCACGCUGACAACGACACUGUAAACGGCCAAAAUCACAUUAAAUCACGCAAAUGAUGAAUUACCUUAAUAGAUAAUGAUAGAAUCCUUGAUAAUAUGGUUCUAUUCUGGGAGCAUCUGUGCUAGAAAGGACCAUAGAGAGGCAAGCCCAUGUCGAGUACCUGAGCCGCAUGUACCCGGGGUCGUCCUCGAGAAGUUAGUGUUUACAAACGCAGUCAGCGGGACAGCGGGUCGUAUCUCACCUCUGUACAAUGUCCGAGGAAGCCAAGAAGGAGGAGAAACCAUCAGAACACAUCAAUCUUAAAGUAGUUGGUCAAGAUGGCCAGGUUGUUCACUUUAAGAUCAAGAAGCAUACAUCCCUUAAGAAACUCAUCAAUGCCUACUGUGAAAGAUCAAAACUUGUUCAAACCACAGUAAGAUUUAGAUUUGAUGGUCAGCCAAUAUCAGAGAAUGACACUCCACAAGGCUUGGAAAUGGAAGACGGUGACACUAUAGAGGUGUUUCAGCAGCAGACUGGUGGUUGCUUCCACCACUACCUCCCACAGUUGUGACCCUCCCAUUCAAAUCAGCAUUUCUCUUCUGAAAUACUUGCGCCCUCAAGCCUCGACCGGUAUUGUCCUAUGGAGAAAAGUAGCCAGUGGUAUUUUUGUCACGAAUGAUGAAGCUCAAGUAAGAUAUUUUAUUGUCUGUUGUAUGUCUACACUUUCUCGGAAACCUUUACUAAGUAAAAUGAGCUUAGUUUUCUCAGUCUUAUACUCAGAAAUACCAACCUUCCUGUGGAAGCCACUUUGAGAUUUGUAGCAUCAGAUUUAUUUGAGGCAAUAGAUUUGCCAUUGACUACUGUUCUCAGUGAUGGAUUAAAGAUGCUUGAAGGUUGUAUUUUGUGUGUUGGUAUGGAAGGACAGUUAUGAGCAAUAUUUUUCGUUUUUGCAUACCUGUACUAUAACUGACAUUUUUAUCAAAGUAUGUGGCAACAGAAGUUAAUUUAUCACACAUCUUUGAGAGCAUAUUACAGUAAUAUGACUCUUAGAUUGCUUUACAUUACUCUUUUUAAUUGCUAAGCCACAAACUGCAGUUAACUGGUGAAUGGAAAGGCUUCCUUCAUAUACUGUUAUGGAUCCAGCAAAUAUGUUGGCUCCAUCUGACUUGAAGACCAAAAGGUUGGUCAAAAAGUAUACAAGUCAGAAUAGGGUUAAGUUUUUUUUUUUUUAUAUUGAUUUUCCAAAUGUAUAGUUUUUUUCAUUUGCCAUUUGCCAUGUGUGAAAUGUUCGAGUGAACAUUUGUAUUCGUUAUAUUCCUAAAAAACAAAAUGAAGAAAGCAUUAGAAUGGAAGGAUGUAUGUGACAGACCAACACAAUGAAAACUAUUGGUUGUAUUAUUUCCUAUGGACUUGUUAUACAAAUGAAGUUGCCCACAGAGUAAGUAUAUAAUACCUAUUCUGCAUUACUGCAACAUGUCUCCCCCCAUUGUAUUGCACCAGUCCCGGCUUUACAGUCCGUACUAACAACAUAAAAUGUACUUUGUAUGAUGUAUUGAUUUCAAAAUGAAUCUACCAACAGAACAGAGAAUAUAUUUUUAUUGUUUUUUGUGGUAGGUAGCAUUUGAGUAGUUUUAUUUGUCAAAGAUAAUUUUGUUAUUAGUCAAUGGUGCAGGCCCUUGCAUUAAUUAUUCAAGAGGAACAUUAAAACCUGGAUUUCACUGGUAUGAAAUAUAUGAAUAUUUUUAUAUUGUAUAUGAAAGUACCUGAAAAAUAUCCUGAGAUUUUGGUUUCUCACUGGAAAUGCAAUAUUGGUAUGGAUCAACGACAUGAAAUCUAAGUCAAGAAGUAUAUAAUAUUGUGGAAUUGAUCACCAAUAUGGGUACGUAAACUUGAAAUGAUUGCCAGUUUGUGAGUUAAAUGUGUUGUUUAUUGGUUUCAUUUGGAAAUAUUGCUUGUUCUUUACACACUUCUGCAAUGCUGUUUACAAAGUUAAAUAAUACGUAUGAUAAUAAUGCUUAUAAGAAUGCAUUUUAAAGUAUUACACUAUCUUUAUCUUUCAGUACGGCCCCCCAGAAAUAUCUAGCUUUUGUGUAUAUUUUCUAAAGAAAUAUACAUUUCUGAUACAUAAUGUUACAGCACUGCAUGCUAAGAAAUUUGUAUCCUGUCGUACAUACCUUGAAUAAUUAACCUUUUUAAUAUGGUAAAUGGAAGUUCAAAUCAUAUUUUAUUUUGUCAAGGCUUCAUGUCAUCCUUACAUUGUAAAUGUCAUAAUGUUCAUUUUAAAAAUUUCCUUAGGAAAUAUUACUAGAUAUUGAUACUCAUGUUUUGAUACAACAAUUUUCAAGUACAUUUUUUUUUUUUAAUGUAAGACUAAAUAAAGCUAAUUCAUAUAUAUAUAAAAGUUAUCAUUUCCAUUUUUGUUUUAAAGGCACAUCUUCACUGUUAAUUUGGCCAUUGAUUUAGUAUCUUAAUGGAUUUUUCAGUUUUAAUUUUAAGCUACCAAGUAGGGAAUGUACUUAUUUCUUAAUGUAUAACUUCACUGCUGCUUUGUUACACAUUACACUCGAACAUAGUUCUGGGUUUCAGAAGUAUUAGGCAGGAGGGAGAGAGAGAGAGAGAGAAAGAGGAAGAUGGGGGCACUAGUGGAGGGGUACACUCGGUAUAUCCAUCAAUAUUGUUUUCAAGGGCACAAAUUUGUUACAAACUAGUCGGUGGCUGAACUGCUGAAGAGUUGAAGAGAAUGAAUGAAUAAUGAAGCUGUACGGCCUCAGGCGCGCACACUUUUGCACUGAGAAAAAUGCAUUAUGACAUCGAAAGAAUGGAGAUAAAUCUAGAGUUUCAUUUUUCAUUUUUCCAGAUAAAUCUGGAAAAAUAGGGACAAUGCAUCUUAAUUUUAGUUAGGUUUAAAACAUGCAAAAAGAUUUAACUCCUGUUGCAUAGCUUACACAAGUUAACUAUAUAUUAACUAAAUCAAAUUUCUGUGACUUUAUUUACUGUAUAAUGAAUGUACUGAGGUUUUCUUUUUUCCUUUUUCUGUAUAAUAUACAGUACUUUACUGUGUUCUUCUGUUUUGUGAGGUUUGAUGCAUUUGUUUUCACCCACUUAGUUUGUUAUUAAUUAUGGAUGACAGAACUGACAGAAUAUCAUGUUUAUUACAUUCAUUGAUAAUAAAACUAAAUUUGUA